AUGAGCUUCAUCAGCCGAGUAUGUUAUGUUAUAGGGUCCUUGUUAUUGCUUAAUGCUGGUUAUGCGUCGUACACAUUUAAUCAGGUUGCAAAGAGGGUAUUGGAUCACAAUUUAGAGCUACCUCUUGAUAUCAAGAUUGAAGCAUUGGUUGCAUGUGUGAUCGUUGCUCUAGGAGCAAUAUUGAGUAUUGAAGCAUCAGAUCAGGUGGACAUUUACAGUGGAGCAUUGGUCAAGCCUCGGGACCAAAGUGGACUGAAGAAUAUUUUCAUGGGAGAAGCUACGGGGGAGCACGAAAUCAUAGGCACGACUCCCUUUGAUCAUAUUGAGAGCAAUGUGGAAUUUAUCAAUAUCAUCAAACGAAGAGAGGAGUUUGCGAAAUGGGAACAGAGUAUACAUAGUUAG